CGAGGCUCUCCGCAACGGCGGGGGAGCGGCCGUUGCCAGCUCUCGCGAGAGCCGCCGCCGCCGCCGCCGCCGGGCGCCCCGUGACGGCUGAGCCGCGGGUGUCAUAGGGCAGGAUGUCCUCGGCUCGGCGGCAGGCGUUGUCCCAAGAUGAAUUCCGGAAAAGGCUCUAUCAGACUUUUAAGAACAGAGGUGUAUUGGAUACACUUAAGACACAGCUCCGAAACCAGCUAAUCCAUGAACUAAUGCACCCAAUUUUAAGUGGAGAACUUCAGCCACAGACUGUUGCAAGUGAUCAUGGCUCACUUUUGAUCACAGCUUCCAACAGUUUGGUGGCAGAUCAUCUGCAGAGAUGUGGCUAUGAGUAUUCACUUUCUGUUUUCUUUCCAGAAAGUGGAUUAGAGAAGAAGAAGCUGUUGACUAUGCAAGAUCUUCUUCAAUUAAUCAGGAUCAAUCCAAAAUCCAGUCUUUACAAAUCAUUGACUUUGGGAACUCAGAAGGAAAAUAAAAAAGCUUUGCACUCUAAUGUUGGUUUUCUUAUGCAGAUCUUAACGGAACUGAUCGAGCAUCAUCUAAGUAAGGAAAGCCGUGACACAGAAACUCAGACAGGCUUAAUGCCUCCUUACAGGGAAUCUCUUGCUGAGAAGCUUCAGCUGAUUGAUGAACAGUUUGCAGACUCUUAUCCCCAGCAUCAGAAAUACGAAUCUUUGGAUGUAAAACUUCAUGAAUAUAAAAAAGAAAUAGAGAAGCAGCUUCAAGCAGAAAUGUCUCAAAAGCUAGAACAUUUUAAACAAGUUGAAAUAGCAAAGAUUAAAAUAGAAGAGAAAGUGCAAACCCAAAAAGAAAUCUCUGAGCUACGGCGUGAGUUUGAAAGGACACAUCAAGCCAAGUCUGAAGCCCUGAUUUCUCGUGAAAAGAAUGCUAUUGAGAGGCUUCAAAAACAACAAGAGAUUGAAGCAAAGGAAGUAUACGCUCAGAGACAAACUCUACUGAAAGAUAUCGAAGUCAUAAGAACCAGAGAGGCAGAAUUGAAGCAAAGAAUCGAGGCAUUUGAAGUCACUCAGAAACUUCAGGAAGAAAAAAAUAAAACUAUUGAUGAUGCACUUCGACGUCGGGAGGUUGCUGUGAAGAACAUAGAGGAGACUUAUGACCAAAAGCUUAAGAGUGAACUCUUGAAAUAUCAGCUUGAACUGAAAGAAGAAUACAUAGCCAGAACCAGCAAAGUUACUGAAGAUGAGAAAAAGAAUAAAGAGAAGGCUAUUCUUUUGCAUGAAGAAUCCAUUGCUGUUAAUUCAAAAAAGGAGGAAUUGAAGCAAGCUAUCUCACGUAAGAAAGAACUUGAGCUGGAUUUGGAGUCAGUGAAGGCCCAGGUUCUGCUGGUAAAUAAACAGAAUCAGUUGUUGACAGAAAAACUGAAAGAGGUUUCAGACUAUCCCUUGCUAAAGGAGGAGAAACUGGAGCUCCAAGUGCAGAAUAAAAUACUUAAGCAACAGCUGGAGGAGACUCGCAGUGACCACCAGCAUCUCCAAGACAAACUUGCCCGGCCCUCAGCGGAGCUUCUGGCCUGCCAGGCAGAGUUGAGAAGAAUGGAACAUUCUAGAAAGCUGGAACAGGAUGAAUUUGAAAGUCACAAGCAAUUUUUGGAAAAGCAGCUACAAAGUGAGGUUGAGCGUUGUGCCCAGUUAAAGACCCAGCUGUUGGACUCCGAAGCUACUGUGAGAAAGUUAAACGUACAGGUUGAAGAACUGAAACUGCAGUUGAAACAAACACAGGCAGUUCUAGAAAAUGAAGUGUAUCGGAAUCCAAAGCCUUCAUUUGUUGACCGCUCUAUCAUUGACUUCACUGAUGAUAGAACUGUACCUCCGGGUAUUUAUGUGGAUAGUGCAUUCUUGAAGACUCAGAUUAUGAAUGAUGUCAUCAAGGGAAAUGCUGUUGCAAGAGCUGGUUAUCAUCAGCAGCUGCAGACACGGAGUGCUUCUCCAGAUUCUGACCUGGAAUGUAUGGCUCAAACCAGGGCUAGAAUUAAAGAACUAGAAAAAGAGGCAGAGUACCUGGAAGAAGCCUACAGAAACUACCAAAACAGAGUGAUCCAGGAUGCAGCUGCAAGCAGAACAUCAAGAAAGAAGCAGUCCCCUUUACUUCUACAGUGUGCUAUUAGCAGAGUCCCCUUGACUACACAGCACAAACUUCUAGAGGACAGUCCUAGGUCCCAGCAUUCCCCUCUGAGCAGUCCAAGAGGCCCAAAAUACAUUGGAAGAAUUGGGCAGGUUGAUGUCUUAAAAGAUCCUCUCACACCACCACACAAAGGAGUAUCUUGCUCAAGACGCCUUUCUUCCACUCCUGUUUCCAAAAUGGAAAGAGAUCUCAAUAAAAAGAAACUUUCAGAUGAUAUCAGUGUCUCAUAUCUUACCUCUUCCCAGCAAAGUGUUGAUCAGGUGCUUUCUCCUAUUUCAAAACCACGCCACCUUUCAUCUUCUGAAUCUGUUCCUUCCUCACCAUCCAGUCAUGGAGAGAAAAUCAGACUUCAUAAUCAACCAACAGACAAACAAGAUUUCAGUGAUAUCCUCAAACCAGAGAAACUAAUAUAUGAGGACCUUGAAGAACAUGUUUCUUCCCUUGAAUAUCAGGGGGACAUUCCAAAGCAGUGUGAAAGUGAUGUCUUGCAUCCAUCUGAGGACAUUGUCAAUGGAAACCAUGUCACAACCACUAUGCCAGCAACAGCCACUUCACAGCAGGACUUAACAGUGUUGGAUCAAAGACAGACUGAAAAACAGAAGAGCGAAGAUGAGAAAAAGUUGGAAGAAAGAAAGAGAGAAGAAAGAAGACAGGGAGAACAACAGGAAGCUUUGGAAGGAGAGCAAAGAGAACUGGAAAAACUUAACAAAGAGAUGUGUAUCCAAGACUUGAUGAAAGUAGAUGAAGAAAAAGAAGAUGAGGAAAGAAAAACAUCUGAAAACAGUAGUUCUGGUGCUGAAGAUAACAUAAAGGAUUCUUCUCCAAAUCCAUUAGAAAAAUACAUGAAAAUAAUUCAGCAAAGCAGGGGGCAGGAACUGGCCAACAAGGAUUCAAAAAAAGAAGACAUUGAAGAGUUAUCACUUACAGAAGGACUUGUAUCUAGUGAAAAAGAUGACAGUGCUGCAGGCAUUUCUCACGGAGAGGCUGAUGAAAACUUCUGGUGAACAACAGCUACUGAUACUUUCUUACAGUAAAAAAGGUUUUUGUUUGUUUGUUUGUUUGUUUUAAAGCAGCUUUCUGGCUGUAAGUGAAGCUGUGUGAAAUGUUACAGUCUGCGCAAGGAUUGCAGGCCGUAUAAUUAUAAAGCUGAUACUGAGCUGUCUCAUCAUGGCAGUCACUGAAUUCAAAUAGUGAGUCUAGAUGCGUUAUUAAUUCAUAAGGACGCCUGUCUUUUGAUUGUGGUGAGAGGUGGGACAAAGCAGUGUAAAGAAACGGGUAUGUUCAGGUAGAUUGGUUUGACUUAGAGUUUCUUUACUUUGGCAGAUUUUGAAGUGUUGUUUCCCCUCCACCCCCCCACUUUUCCCAUUAUAUGUUACAAAUAGGUCAAAGAAACAGCGUAAGUGUAACAAAAAAUUCAAAUAUCACUUGUUUUUAAAGGUACUCUUUGGAGAACCUUGGCUGGUACAGUUUUAAGAGCAGUGUGUGACAGAACCAAAUUAAAUUGCCCCCUUUACUGCUAUUUUAAGGGAAACAAACACUUUUAAAAGCAGCCUUAUCUCAAGUAUCACUUUUUUGGUAUUAACCAGUCCAGAAUGGAGAGAUUCAAAUAAAAGUGCUAUUUAACUCAUCUUUAUUUAAGCUUUGUAUUUUGUACGUAGAUUAUAGACAAGAUCAUUAAACUUUAUUUACAAUAUAAAAUACAGUAUUUCUAAUCAAUGAAGUAAUUUCGGUUGGCAGCAUCUAGUACAACUCACACUGCAUUUGUGGCUGCUCAUCCUGACCUAAGUACAAGAAUAUGAAGCCAAGUUUGACAGAAUUUAGGGGCAAAAACUCAAGCUCUGUCUUGAAUUUACUGGAUGUUGAAAUGCUGUGUACCAGAAAUGUGACAGAAAUAAACCUUGCUUUUUUAAAUUAAGAUAAAGAGUGAUUUGGUGGCUAGUCCAGUUUUACAUGCUGCUUAAUUUGGUGUUGCAGCAAAGUUGGAAUUUACAAGAUUUCUAAGAGGCUCAUUCUGUUUGAUGUCAAGAAUGGGAUGAAUAGUGCUUGUUGCUUUGUGCUGGCCUGGAGCAACUAUCAAAACUUACUUAACGCUAGAAGAACCUUUAGCUGGCUUACCCAUACUGAAGCAUACACCUACAGGGCAUCCUUUCCCAGUACAUUAUCAAAUGGAUAAUACUGAACAAAAUGUGUUUAACUUCUUAAGAUAGAGAUGUAGAGCAUAGAGAUGCACCAGUAUAGAGUAGCUGUAAGUCUGUUUUCAAAUAAGCAUACACAAGUGUUGUCUGUUAUCUACAAAUAUUUAUUUUAACACUUGGAUGUAACUACAGGAAGCCCUUGGCACUGAUAGAAAAUAUUGAUUCACUGUUAGGUUACAAAAAUUUAUACAUAGCAAAAUUUAAUGCUCUUUACAUAAAAAUAUUAGACUACUUAAACAAAACUUCAAAAACUCCCAGUAAUAGCCACACUGAAUUAGAAAAGAAUUAGGCUUUAAGACACUGCCUCCAUUAUUACCCUUAUGCAAACACUGGGCUAGAACAUCACCUGCAUUGCUGUAGAAAAGUCUCCUUCAUGCAACAGGUAAGAACAUACACUAGGCUAUUUUGUCAUAUUUGCUGUACAUUGAUCAACUUUGCCCCUUUUUUGAAACUGUCAAAUUAGACUUCAGUAUUUACCAACAAAAUCAUAUUUGAAGUUAAUAACCCCCCCAAAUGCCUUUUCAUUUAAUAAUGACUUGAAGAAACUUGUGCUUCCUUUUAUUUAUAUUCAGCAAACAGUCAAAACUAUCAAACCACACGUCAGCUUAACAUGGGUAUGUAUGACUUGAAUAUUUAUUUUUUCAAACGACUGAUGUAUUGUUACUUUUCCCCCAACAUUUAUAGAUAUAUCAUAAAGAACAAACACCAAAUAUACCAUCACUAAUACUCAAGAUAUCACUGAAUGCUUCUGAAAAAAACAUUAAUUAGAAGGCAGACUUCUAUGGGAAAUAACUUUAAAAUGGCACCAUUUUUUUUCUGAACACCACGUUUUCUUAUAGUGCUAGCUAAUUUGUAAAAAGGAAAACACAUAAGCACUGGCUAUAAAUUUGCUAAGCACCAAGAUAGAGAAAGGUGGACAUCCUGUAUUCUGCUUUAUGGCUGUAAUUUUUUUAUUGUUUGUGUAAAACUCUGCAAAAUUACUUCUCUGCUGAUUUGGAGUAGUCAAAUUGGUGUCAUUUUAAUAAGGUAACACUUUUCACUUAAAAUGUAGGAUAAUGGUCUCCUGCUGCUAUAUAAAUGCUAAGACAUUUAUAGAAAAUAAAUAUUAAGGCAAAGCUGACAUUUAUUUUCAAAGAAGGGGAUCAUUAUCCAGAUCCAAGGAUCUACAUUCCGUUAAAUAGUUAAUAAAAAGAUUAAAACUUGGGACAUCUGUUCAACACUCAUGUAAGCACAGUACAGUGACUGCUUCUUCAUAAAAAAGUGUGGCACAAAAGUAGAUUGCAAUUCCUGUGGCCCAUUUAAAGCAUGUUCAAAGACUGCCCUGUUAUAACUUAUCUGUCUAAUGAAAUACUGCAGCUGUGCUGUCAAAUAAGCACAAGCGAUUAAAUUUUAGCUAGCCACAGUUUCAUUUGAUAUACAAAUUGAGAUAAUAAAUCACACAUUGUACAUGUGUCUUUGUACAGGGUCUGUACAAGCAGGUUUGCUUGUUGGUUUGGAGCACCUGCCACAGUCUUGUGCAGGAAUUCAUGCUGUAGUACAUGUCAAAUAUGAAAUACCAAAAGUCUUAAAGAAGAAUAAUUUGGUCACUUGUGAAGUGUUGCCUUUUAAAAUGCCUGGAAUAAAACCUCCAUUCUCUGUAUUAAAGGAUGGAAGAUUACCCACAGGAAGAGUUCCCUAUGAACAUGUUUCCAGGAGCUUGAAUUUGAAGCUUUUACACUUCUGUAUUAUUUUGUUUGGUAGACACACAUCUGUACUGCAGAGCAGCUAUUUGUUGAUUUGUCAGAGCUACAGAAUUCUUCUGCUGAAUUACUGUGGCAAACAUCUAUGUGUAAGAAUUGAGUUGCUCUUUUGAUCGAGACUGGAUGUCCUGAAGCUCCUGCUCUUCUUUUGCUUUGAUAUCUUGGUAGGCCUGCAUUUUGCUUGCAUCCUUUAAGUAGGCCCAGUUAGAGGACAGUAUCAUGAGGAAGUGGAUCUGGAAGAGAAGGGUGAGCAUGAUGGCUAGUGAGCAUGUCAAGAGGCAAAGCAAGCUGCUAGUUAGAUUAAUAGACACUCUUUAAAAUAAUAACAAAAAAGUUAUUCUACGUUAAUAAGCGUUCUGUUAUUAAAACAAGCACAGAGGCUAUUUUCAAUGAUCUGUAGAAUUUUGCGUGCUAAUAUUUAAGUUGGUUAUUUAAAAUUUAGAGAAAGUUAGUACAAGUAAUAAAAUGAGCUGAAGAGUUUUACUGAUCAAUCAAAAUGCAGAACGGGGGGGAAGCAGGAAAGAAGUUUUGUAUGUGGCAAUUUAUAUAAUUAUAAACAAAAAGGUGCUCAGAAGAACUGCUUUCUAAGGUUGUGGUGUUUCUGUAUAUACAGGCACAGAUUCUGGCAAUACUUUUUUUCCCCAACAAGCAGAUGAGAAUUCUACCCCCCCUCCCCCCAAAAAAAACUAAAAUUGUAAACAGUUUUAUUUAUGUGAACAAAGCUACAUUAACAUAUUGAAAAAUUAAACAAAAUGUGAGUCCAAAACUAAGCAAAAGCAUGCAAUCUCUGGGUUAAGAAGUCUUAAUAACGUAUUUUUAUAACUACAUUUUAAGCGCCCAUUGUCUAACUUCUUAAGUUUUAUACCAAGUGUCGAAAUCGGUUGGUAUUUUUUUUUGUUGUGUGGGUUUUUCUCUAGUUUGUGAAGUGAAUACAUCUCUUUCCAACUUCUUUUCAGCAUACUUCAUGCAAAAGAAAUCUACAUCUGAAAACACUGAUUCACUGCUCCUUUUUCAACAGUGUAAAAACGUCACUAUGAUCUAUGCAUGGUUUUGCUUCCCCUGUAAUCAUACUUACAUUUUUGAGAUCUGGCUACUGAGAAAUCAGUUACUAAAGUGCAAGCCAUACAAAAACUGAGGUUAUCUAAAUACAGUUUCUUACUAGUUUGGGGUCCAAAAGAAAGAAUGUGAUUGUUUUACGCAGAACUAGUACAAGGAUAUAUUUUCUUCCAGAGAGAGCAUGAUUUGGCAAUCACUUGAAAAUUAAGUUAAAAAAAAAAAAAAAAAAUCAGUUUUA